GCGGCCGUCUCGCAAAGGCUUUGGCCGCAGCCGCACCGCCGCCCCGAAGCUCCGUCUGCGCCGCUCCGGAUGGGGUGGGGCGCGCAGCGACCGCAGUUCGGGGUGGGGGGAACCCGCAGCUGAACCCCCCCCGCCCCCCCUCUGCCCUCCGCCGCGGCGGUGGGGACGGCGGAGCCCCACUCGGCCCAAACCGCAGUCGCUGCCCACUGCCGGCCCGGCGGAUGUGCUGGAAAUAGCGCUGGGACGGCCCGGGGGGGCGGGGGGGCGCCCGGCCCUAUAAAGGCGGUUCGGUUCGGGGCGCUGCAGUGGAGCUGCACCAUGAAGGCCGCGGCUCUGCUGCUCCUCGCGGCGCUGCUCACAUUCAGCCUCUGCCGCAGCGCGCCGGACGGCUCGGAUGCUCGCAGUGCUAAAGCCUUCAUCUCCCACCGCGCCAGCGCCGAGAUGGUGCGCAGGCAGAAGCGGCACUACGCCCAGGACAGCGGCGUCGCCGGAGCUCCCCCCAACCCCCUGGAGGCCCAACGAGAGGUGUGUGAGCUGAGCCCCGACUGCGACGAGUUGGCCGACCAGAUCGGCUUCCAGGAGGCGUACCGCCGCUUCUACGGCCCCGUCUGAGCCCCCCCCCGGGGCUCAACGCCCCCUCCCCACCCCCACCUCCCCCCCACUCCCCCCAUUAUGCUCCACUUCUCCGCGAAGGAUGGACAGAAAUAAAGGCAGAGCGCAGGGCA